ACUGGGCACCUGGACUUUCCAGAUACUUUCAUCCUUAAUUAGGUCAUACCCAAGUGAGCCAGGAAAGGGCUGUGUUUGUGGGAAGCCACUCAUACUGUGUCUGAUUGUCCCUUUCCUGGUGCUGUCUUCAUUCCUGGCACUCAGACCUUAUGAUCUGGAGGUGGAGCCGAAUCUCAGAGGUCCUGAGAUAGUCACCAUGGGGGAGAAUGAUCCGCCUGCCGCGGAAGCCCCCUUCUCCUUCCGAUCGCUUUUUGGCCUGGAUGAUUUGAAAAUAAGUUCGGUGGCACCAGAUGCAGAUGAGGUCGCUGCACAGAUCCUGUCACUGCUGCCACUGAAGUUCUUCCCAAUCAUUGUCAUCGGGAUCAUUGCGCUGAUAUUAGCACUGGCCAUUGGUCUGGGCAUCCACUUUGAUUGCUCGGGGAAGUACAGGUGCCGCUCGUCCUUUAAGUGCAUUGAACUGACAGCUCGAUGUGACUCCGCUGGCCGCUCAUGGGACUUUCUCCCUGUGCACUGGGCAGUCCGCGUGAGUGGUCAGAAUGCUGUACUGCAGGUGUUCACAGCUGCUUCAUGGAAGACCAUGUGCUCUGAUGACUGGAAGGGUCACUACGCUAAAGUUGCCUGUGCCCAGCUGGGUUUUCCAAGCCAUGUCAGUUCAGACAGCCUCAGAGUGAGCUCCCUGGAGGGGCAAUUCCAGGAGGAAUUUGUGUCCAUCAACCACCUUUUGCCAGAUGACAAGGUGACUGCCUUACACCACUCCGUGUAUGUGAGGGAAGAAUGCGCCUCGGGUCACGUGGUUACCUUGAAGUGCACAGUCUGUGGUCUGAGAAGAGGCUACAGCUCACGCAUCGUCGGUGGGAACGAGUCCGUGCUGUCCCAGUGGCCCUGGCAGGUCAGUCUUCAGUUCCAGGGGUACCACCUGUGCGGAGGCUCCGUCAUCACCCCGCAGUGGAUCGUCACCGCUGCACACUGUGUUUACGACCUAUACCUCCCCAAGUCGUGGACCAUCCAGGUGGGCCUCGUGUCCUUGCUGGACAGCCCAGCCCCUUCCCACUUGGUGGAGAAAAUCAUCUACCACAGCAAGUACAAGCCAAAGAGGCUGGGCAAUGACAUUGCCCUCAUGAAGCUGGCCGGGCCACUCACAUUCAAUGAGGUGAUCCAGCCCGUCUGCCUGCCCAACUCAGAGGAGAGCUUCCCUGACGGGAAAGUGUGCUGGACGUCAGGAUGGGGGGCCACCGAGGAUGGAGCAGGUGACGCCUCCCCUGUCCUGAACCACGCGGCUGUGCCUCUAAUUUCCAACAAGAUCUGCAACCACAGGGAUGUGUAUGGUGGCAUCAUCUCCCCAUCCAUGCUCUGUGCAGGCUACCUGAGGGGUGGUGUGGACAGCUGCCAGGGAGACAGUGGGGGGCCCCUUGUGUGUCAAGAGAGGAGGGUGUGGAAGUUGGUGGGAGCGACCAGCUUUGGCAUUGGCUGCGCCGAGGUGAACAAGCCUGGUGUCUAUACACGCAUCACCUCCUUCCUGGACUGGAUCCACGAGCAGAUGGAGAGGGACCUGAAAACUUGA